CCUCAGGGCCAGACAGGACAGAUGUUUACCAAAAAUAGCCUCCGGGUGUCUACCUACGGACUGACAGAUCGUGGAAGAGGAACCUUCUACAGGAAGGUGGCGCCCGGCAGACGGCUUCGUCAAAGUUCCAUCGUCUUUUAAUCAUAUAUUUUGUAGCCUUUUUAGCAUGAAAUAGUGAAAGAUAUUGUUUUGCCCAAAUAUUCAAGAAAGGAGCAAGUGCAGCCCUUCAUGAUGUGGUUGAAGGAAAACAAUAUUAGAAUGACAGGAGUUGAGGUUACUGAUUAUGGAGAUGCUGGGUUUGGUCUGAGGGCAACUGAAGACCUCAAACAAGGACAGGAAGUGAUCUGCGUUCCGCAAAGUGCUAUGCUAACUGAGGAAACAGCAAAAAAGUCAUACCUUGGUUCCCUCAUGGAACGAGAUCCUAUCCUUCAACACAUGAGUAACGUCUCACUGGCACUGCACGUUCUAGGAGAGUAUGUCAAUCCUAGUUCUCCAUGGCUACCAUACUUACGCUUCCUGCCAUCCACUUAUUCUACGACACUGUACUUCACUCCUCAGCAGAUGCAGAUGUUAAAGGGGUCUCCUGUGCUAGGGGAUGCCGUCAAACAGUUCAGAAACAUUGCUCGCCAGUACUCGUACUUCUACCGUAUCUUAUAUUCAGCCCCAGAAGCCAGGAGUUGGCCAAUUAGAGACUACUUCACAUUUGAAUCAUACAGAUGGGCUGUGUCUACAAUCAUGACGCGACAGAAUAGAAUCCCAGUCAAAGACUCAGCUCGUCAAACAGCUCUCAUACCUGCCUGGGAUAUGGCCAAUCACAAGGAGGGCAUGUAUUCAACAGACUUUGAUGAUGAAAAGAUGCAGAGUGUUUGUAUGGCACAGUGUGAUGUGAAAGCGGGAGAGGAAUUUACGAUAUACUAUGGUCAGCGGCCAAAUUACGAUCUCUUCCUUUACAAUGGUUUUGUCGAGAAAGAUAAUACAAGUGAUAGCUUGGCUAUCAAAUUAGGAGUCAGCAAGAACGAUCCCCUGCAUGACGAAAAAGUUGCUCUUCUUUCGUCUCUGAGCCUGCCAUCUUCAGGAACAUUCAUGCUCAUACCAGGCCCUCAUCCAGUUUCACCAGGGCUCCUUGCUUUCACCAGAAUAUUCUGCAUGGAUAAAGAGUCCUUAGAGAAGUGGAAAGGUGAUGGUUCGAAAGCGAAGGAUUUGCUCCACGUAGACUGUGAUGUUGGGACAAGCGUUCAGGAUAAGACUUGGGCUUUCUUACACACCAGGGUGACACUGUUACUGCGAGCAUAUCCUUCAACAUUGGAGGCCGACAUGGAAUCUCUGAAGACGGCAACCGGUCUCGAAGCCAUGAUUAAACAGCUGCUAAUAUGCGAGAAGAGAAUAUUGAAAGAUGCAGAAACCUACUUGUCUGCGCGGAUCUCCAAGUAACGUCCACGUUUUGUAUGCCGAAAUACAAGGCCUCUAUUUUGGUGAUUUUGCUACUAACAGCGAAGUGAAUUUCUGCUUUAUAAAGAGAAUAUUUCAUAUUCUGUAUUAUGAAUCAAUUCUCUAUGAUGAGGUUGUAUGUUUGAAAACAUGUUUUGUUACAAAUAAUGAUUUAUUAAGA